AUGUUGACGGUAGCAUACAUCGCGCUGUAUUCCGCGUACUGUAUCCUAGGCGCGCGGGCUAUACCUGCAACGCGAGGUGCCACCAAUAUCUGUGACAUCCAGCCUCUCGGAGAGGGCCAAGAUGAUACAGACCAGGUCGAAGCGGCUAUCGCACAAUGCGGACACUAUGGGACCACGGUGUUUGCCCCCGGCGAAUACAACAUCACCAGGAAGAUGUCCUGGGAUCUCGUAGAGUCUAGAGUCGACCUACAUGGGUAUCUGAACUUCAAGGCGGAUCUACCCUACUGGAUGAAUCCCGAAAAUACAUACAGGGUCAUCUUCAUCCAGAGUCAAGCAUCCUGGUUCGUCAUCACCGGACACGACUUCGUCGUCGAUGCCCAUAAUACCGGCGGAAUCAUCGGCAACGGCCAGUACUGGUGGAACUGGUAUGGCACCGCGAGCCGCCUCGAUGGCGAUGGACGCCCUGUCGCACUCACGUUAUACCGAGCGAGCCGGGGGACGAUUGCGAAUUUCAGGAUUGAGGGUCAACCCUUCUGGUGCAACGCGAUAGCAGAAUCACAUGAUGUCGUGUACGACGGCAUGUAUUGCAACGCCACAAACACAAACCCUGAGUACUUCUAUGACAAUGUUGUGCCCAACACGGAUGGUGAGGCCCGUUCUUUUGCAGACCAGCCUACGAAGGCAACCGCUAAGCUGUUCUGCUUCCAUGUAGGCAUUGACACCUUCCGAUCGGACAAUGUUUCGCUGCUGAACUUCGAUAUCACGCUGGGAGACGACUGCUUAGCUAUCAAGGGUAACUCCACCAAUAUCUAUGCGCAGAAUAUCACCUGCCGCGGGGGAAAUGGGAUUGCUUUUGGGUCGUUGGGACAGUACUGGAACUUGUUCGACCAUGUUGAGAACGUCACCUUGGAGGAUUUACAUAUGGUCCGUCUGGACCCUAAAAUACAGCCCAACAUGGGUACAGGAAUCAAGGUAUACUUCAAGUCCUGGACUGCGACAGUCAUCGGCUUUCCUCCAGAUGAUGGUGGUGGCGGACCUGGUCUUGUCACCAAUAUUACCGCUCGAAAUGUGAUACUGGAUAACGUCUCUCUUCCGAUUCAGCUGUACCAAACGAACGGAGGCCUUCCAGGCAAUGCACCAUCACAGCUCCAAUUCGCGAACUUGACGUUUGUGAACUUCACCGGUACAACGUCAGGCAAUACAAUCGUCGAUAUCGCGUGCAGCCCGGCGGCACCGUGCCCCGGCAUGGUGUUCAGCGACAUCAAUAUCACCGCACUUAAUGGCAAGCCGCCGACCUACCAAUGUUCAAACGUUGUCAGUGAGCGAGGGCUGUCAGAAUGCAACGCAACCACGCAAUAUUAG